AUGGGGACAAGCAUCAAGGGCAACGAUGGGAGCUCAGCUGCAAGCAACGAUGAUAGCACGGUGGAGGAGGAAGGAGGCCAGGACACGGCCAAGGCCGGCGACUCCUCGUCGUCGGUGCGUCCCUACGUCCGCUCCAAGAACCCCCGCCUCCGCUGGACGCCGGAGCUCCACCACUGCUUCGUUCGCGCCGUUGAAAGGCUCGGCGGCCAAGAUCGUGCAACUCCUAAGCUCGUUCUUCAGUUUAUGAAUGUCAGAGGGCUUAGCAUAGGCCAUGUAAAGAGCCAUCUCCAGAUGUACAGGAGCAAGAAGAUUGACGACUCUGGCCAGGUCAUCAUAGGUCACUUGGAACAGGGGGGACACGCCUACAACUUCGCCCAUCUUCCCUUCCAUCAUCGUCUGAGUGCUCCCGGUACAAUGAUCUCAAGGUUUGGCACUGCUCCAUUUCCUCCAUGGAGGAGGAGCUACCAUCAACCAUACUGGCUCCAUGGCCGCUUUCCUGCAUCAAAGCCCUACCACUACUCAUCAGGAGCAGCAUCCCAUCACGCCGAAGCUCUCCGUCGAACUCGUGCUGAACAUGUAGCAAGAUCAGGAACUGCAUCAACCAACCCAGCUUUGAUGAUCCAAGGCAGCUGCCGACCAAGAAAUGAUCCGCAUCACACCAUGAACAUGUACCAUCUGCCGGAAGCUGUUCGGGCGACGGUGUGCAACGAUGACCUUAGCCAUAGUGACGAUGAUCUAGAUCUCAGCCUCUCGCUCCAUACCGGCGGGCCACGGUGGGAGAUGAAGAGGAAGGAACAAGACGAUGGCGAUGAUCAUCAGGUCGGUGGCGAUGAAGAAGAGGAGAGCACUACUGCUACUAGGCUGUCUCUUUCUCUGUUCUCUCCUAGUUGUACUACUCGAUCGGAAGGAAGCAAGUUUGGGCUCCUCAUUGAUUAUUCAAGGUACAUUUGGGUGUUUCUACUCAAGACCAAGCAUGAAACCCACAAGUACUUCAUAUACUUCGCCAAGCAAGCUCAACACACAUAUGAAGCAGAGAUCAAGGCGAUUAGGACCGAUAAUUUCUCCAAGUUCAAGAACUACACCAUGCGAGAGUUUGUUCAAGAUGAGGGGAUCAAGCACGAGUUCUCUGCACCUUAUACCCCUCAACAAAAUAAUGUUCAUGAAAGGAAGAACUAG